AUGUGGAUUAGAGAAGAAAAGUGGCUCAACACUUUGAACUUCUUAACAGGCGCUGCUAUAAACGAGAAAAACAACACAAAGCACAAACCAACCUCUUCCUCCCUCCCUUCUCCCACCUCUUCCAAGCGCAGGAGCACCUCGGAGCGCACCUCUCGGGUUUUAGGAACUCACUCAGGCGAGAACCGCAUUGCAACUCCUCGCCCCGCACGGAAGCCUGAACAGUCCGUGAGCCGAGCCGAGCCCGCAGCCACCCGGACGCUCCCGCAGGUUCGCUCGCGCGCAGCAGCCCUUCCAGCCCCACGGGGUUCACCUGAGGCCGCGGGGACAGCCAAUGGGAAAGGCCCCGCCGCGCACGACCCGGGAGGGUCUCCCCGCCUCGCAGGAUUACCUCUCUGCGCGCGGCCGGCUUUGUGCUCCCGACCGCCGCGCAGCCGCCGGGCCCGGCCGCCGCGAGCUCUGGGUCCGCCGCAGCUGCCUCUGAAGCGCCGUUCGGUCCCGAGCGGAGGGCUCGGGACGGGGAGGGACCCGCCCCACCCCACCCCCGCGCCGUGGUCCCGCCCCCUCCAAGACCCGCCCCCGGCGGGGCCAUCGGGUUCCCUGGCUCCGCCCCGUGCGCCCCUUGAGCGCGCGGACUGCGCCCCCGCAGUCCCCUUCCGGGCCGCAAGCGUCGCGGCGUUUGUGUCGUGGCUGCCGCGAGGGCCUCACGUUCGGCAGCGGGAGGGACCGUGGCAGGGGGCGGCCUGGCGCUUUUACUCCGCCCUCCUCCGGCCGUGUAGCUCCGACCCUGACGGAAACCUGGCCGCCAGGGGGAGGAGGGGCGCCUCAGAAACGUCUCGGGCUGGCCUGAGGGCGAGCCCCCAGCGGGCGGGUAGCGCUGCCGCCUGCCGCUGGUCGCUGGCAGCCAGGGCCCAGGGGGGCGCUGCCGGGGGCGCCUGGCGCGCGUCUCUGAGCGCCUGGCUUGGCCCCCGGCGCCUUUGCCUUUGGGGGCGCUGGUCCGCUCGGCUCCCAGCCGCGGAAGGGCCGGGCAUGAAAGCCCCCGUGGGUGCCCCCUUUUCCGCCUCGCCGCCGCGUGGCCCCUCGUCUCACGUCCUCAGAAAGCCGAGCUUUGGGAGGGCGAGGGCCGAGGCGUCCCCGCGCAGCCUGGAAAUGAAUCCGAGGCCGCCAAACUUUGCAGCACUCGAUCGCGGAACUGGGGAUCCAUCCACAGGUGACACUGGGCCGCCCACCCACCCCACCGCCCAGACACGUUUCGCAUCCCAGCCUCUUCUCGAAAUAGACCUCCCAGCGGUGCACACGCUCCUCUGCCACCCACGGCACGCACAGCUCUCCCGCACACAUGUCCUUCCUCAGCGCGGUUUCACCCGCGAGCCACCCCUCCCCGGCAGUGCUAUGCUUGCUGCACAGAAACCCGCUGCAGCCUCGGGCCAGCAGCGGCGGCGGCGGCGGCGGCGGCAGCGGCAGCAGCUCUUCCCAAUGCUGAGUAGUAAAGUGUAG